UUCAUCGCAUUUGCGUAGCUGCUCCGUCCAUUCCUCCGCCACUGCAGACAUGUCACGAGGAACCUCACGGCUCGCAGCUGACGUAGAUCCACGCCUACUCUCUGAUGCUAGCAGCAAGGUCCAGUCGAUGGUUAUGGUAUUUGGCAGCAAGCCGCGAAAAUUACGCCAUAAGUAUACCAAGACGACAACUGCGGCGAGAUCGAAAAAGACAUUCGCCUUUGUCAACAUCUCUCGCCCGGGUGAGGCGGACGAAGAAUCUCGCAGACUGGUCAAAACCCAUGUGAUGGAAGAUUUUCUCCGCCGAAAACGAGACGAUUGCUCUACAGUAGAGAUCAAGUGCGCCUAUACUCUACGUCCAACCCAGAACUCCACCCAGUCUGUGAUUAGUUCACCUCAAGCACCGCCAUCCCACCUUCUUACCUUCCCGAUCCCGAUAGAGCCGUAUAUGCUCAGACUCAUCCAUCAAUAUGCAGGCGCUAUGCGUCCCACGGAAAACGAAUGCCUGGAUUCAGCAUGGUUCCCGAUGGUCAUGACGGAUGCGGCACUUUUUCACGCCCUUCUGUGCACUUCAGCCGUUGCUGCAUUCUAUGAUAUGGGAGUGCAAAGGAAGCACAUGCUGGAAUGUAUCGGACUGAUCAAUCACCGCUUGCCGGGGGAAGACGCUACAUCAGACGCCACGAUCACUGCUAUACUAUUCUUGGCAAAAGCCGAGUACCUACAGGGAAAUCACGGUGCAUGGAGUGUGCACAUGGGUGGCAUCAAGACAAUUGUUGAACUCAGAGGGGGCAUUGAGACGCUGCCGCAACUGAUACAAGAGAAGAUUUACAGUACCGACUUGUUAGGUUGCAUGGAGAUCGGCAUUAUUCCUCACUUCCCGAUAUCCAGCCAUCAAAGCCCGCAACCAAACUUUACGCGUACUAUCUGUGGAUAG